UCAAAAUUAUGAGCCAAACCAUAUUUUAAUAUUAUAUAUUCCUAUUCCAAUAGAAAUGGACAUAGAAGAUAUACACAGCGCUCCCAAGACUGUGAGGUCCGUAAUUGCUGCGCCUAGAGCACCUGGUCCACCCAUCGCAGCACCAAGGAUGCAAAGCGCCACGGUACCACACAGCCAAUCAUCUGCAGCAGCAGUCAGGGAUGCAAACGAGGAGCAGUUUGAUGAGCAUCUGCCUCCACGAUGCAGUCUAUGCCAUCGACCUCACGUCCUGAAGAGGUGCACCAUCUUCAAAAGCAUGAAGCCCGCUCAACGCCAACAGAUCGCCAGAGCCCACGGACACUGUAUGACUUGCUUGGCAGAUAGUCACUCCACCUUUGAGUGUAUAACCGACGGAUCGUGCCAAUAUUGCCAACGACCGCAUCAUACUUUGUUCCAUCGAUUCCCUCGACGAGCAACUCCGUCCACCACGCAGACCAGUCACCGGCAAAGACAACAAGGGAAUCCCGUCCAGCGCCAAAGAAUACAUCGCCCGAAGCCAUCCAGAGGGGCACGCUCGCGGCCACCUCCACCACCCUAUGGUCAUCGCAACCAGCGGCAAAGGGCAACCGGAUUGAACGCCGUAGUGAGCACUCUGCAACAGUUGCAGAGACUUCUAGGCAAUUAA